AACGCCACCGACUCAACCUCUUCCGCUUCCAUACCCACCUUCGACCACUCCACCUUCCUUUCCUUCUCCGCUGCCCAUGGUCUCGCAGUUCGUGCUAUUGCGGUCGAGGUCGACGACGCCGAGUUCGCCUUCGCCACUAGCGUCGCCCAUGGAGCCACACCUUCCUCUCCUCCCGUAUCUCUCGGAGACGGCGCCGUCAUUGCUGAGGUAUGCCUCCACAAAUCCCAGGACCCGAAUCCUCCGAGUUUUUGUUUCCUGCCUGGGUUCGAGCCCGUGGCUGCUGAGACUGAAUCCUUGGACUUUGGGAUUCGAAGUCUAGACCACGCAGUGGGCAACGUUUCCGAACUGCUACCCGCAGUGUCGUACGUGAAGGGAUUCACGGGUUUCCACGAGUUUGCCGAGUUCACGGCGGUGGACGUCGGGACGAGUGAAAGCGGGCUUAACUCGGUGAUGCUGGCGAACAACGACGAGAGGGUCAUUAUCCCGAUGAAUGAGUCGGUGUACGGAACGAAGAGGAGGAGUCAAAUUCAGACAUCUCUGGAGCACAACGAAGGGGCUGGGGUUCAACACCUGGCUCUGGUUAGCGAUGACAUAUUCAGUACGCUGAGAGAGAUGAGGCAGCGAAGUGCGUUGGGUGGGUACGAGUUCAUGCCUUUGCCACCGCCAAUGUACUAUAAGAACCUUAAGAAUCAAGCUGGGGAUGUGUUGACGGAGACUCAGAUAAAAGAGUGCGAGGAGUUCGGGGUUUUGGUGGACAGGGAUCAUGAGGGUACACUGCUCCAGAUUUUCACUAAUUUGUUUGAAAUGUUGCACAGACCGACCAUAUUCAUCGAGAUAAUACAGAGAGUCGGGUGCAUGAUAAAGGAUGAUAAAGGCAAGAUGUAUCAGAAGGGUGGCUGUGGAGGUUUCGGAAAGGGUAAUAUCUCAGAGCUGUUUAAAUGCGUGGAGUAUGAGAAGACACUGCUUGAAGCCAAAGUCGUGUCCUAAUCACUCUCGUUCAUUCGAUCUCAUCUGUGUACUAGAAAGUAAGUUUGUGUAACCACUUUGGUGCAGUCUUGCUUGGAAUAUAUAAUAUUAUAUCUAUACAAUACAUGCAAAUUUAAAUCAGUUGUUCCUUUUUCUUUAUUUUGUCGUUUUUAUUAUAAGUAUAUAUUUAUAUUUAAUAAUAAAUUUAUUAUUAGUGGAAAAUCAAAAUCUUUGAUUAUGUGUAUUGAUUUGGAUUG